AUGGAUAAGUACUGCACACAAUCGGAGGUGAACAAGCUAGAAUCAGAAUUUCUGAGAUUAAAGCAAGGUUCGUUGUCGGCUCAAGAAUAUGUUAACGAUUUUCUUGAGAAAGCGAGGUUCGCCAGUUACCAGGUGGCUACCGAGAAGAGAAAGAUAGGUUGCUUCAAAGAUGGAUUAAGAAUCGAAAUCAAACGGUACGUGGACAUGACUAAACUGACCACAUUUGUCCAAGCAGUGGAGAUGGCGAAGGUGGCAGAGGAGAACCACGCCAGGGAGAAUUGUGAUAGAAGAAAUGCAAAGAGAAGAUGGGAGGGAUCGAACAAGUUCAACAAGAAACCAAAAUGGACUCCGACUCUAGCAAAAACACGAAGUGAGGGAUUCACUAUUCCUCCAUGUAACAAAURCAACAAGAGACAUAGGGGAGAGUGCAGAGCAGGGAGCCUGACAUGCUACAAAUGUGACAAACCUGGGCAUACCGCGCGGGAGUGCCCGAAAGGAAAAACUUGUUAUGAAUGUGGGGCUACGGGACAUUUACGACCUGACUGUCCAAAACAUCGAAAUGGUGCGACACCCUACGUAAAGACAGUGAAUAAUGGAUUUGGGAAGAGAUYAGAAAAUAGGAAGGAGCUACCUAAGGGACACGGCCGAGCUUACAACAUGACUUUGGAAGAGGCCAAGAAAACACCCGACGUCGUAUCUGGUAUGUUCCCUAUCAACAAUGUGUAUGCACAUGUAUUAUUUGAUUCGGGUGCAAAUGGUAGUUUUGUGUCUACUACCUUCUGCCACUAUCUGAAUUGUAGACUAGACAAAACCUACACUGUAGAAACAGCCGACGGUAGUCAGUGUAAGGUAGACAAAGUAUUUGAUGAAUGUACAAUUGUUAUAGAAGGUAAGGAUUUCCCUGUUAGGCUUAUGCCAAUGUGUUUAGGGGGUUUUGACGUGGUCUUGGGGAUGGAUUGGCUGUCCAACAAUCAUGCGCAAAUAGUAUGCAAUAAAAAUAUGAUCAAGAUUCAAACUCCGGAAGGAGAAACAAUUCAUGUUUACGGUGAUCGAAAGAAGUGA